GCAUGACAGAUCAUUUGGGAUCCUUGCACUGUUUAGACCGUACUAGAUCUUUUCGAUCCAGAUUUGUUUCCUUGUGAGAGAUCCUUUCGUGUCGAUGAUCUCACUUCUUUUCGCUGUCGCGUUUCUCUGAUGCCAGGGUGCUGGGGCCGCUCGAGCCUCGCUCUCGCUCCACGACCGAGGAACGCGUCUGUUCCCCCUUGGUCGCCACGCACCCUCGGCGUCACGGAUCCGAUAGGCUUGGGCAAAAUUCUACAUCGAUUCUUUGUAUGCAUAAAACUAAUACGUGCAGGACGAGGACCAGCACAGCAGCAGGAGGAGGCGGAGGUCGCAUCUCUUAAAGAGAUGCCUGAGGUCGUCGACCACGACGGCGUACUAGUGGCGGCGCAAGAGCAAGAGGACGGCACUAGACAAAAAGCGGUGGACGAGGACAGGAAUUUAUUGUUCACAGACGACGAAGAUGUUCUGGACACCACGGAGGAGAACGUGUCCUCUUCUGAUGAAGAACACAACAACUCCACCGGCGCAGGAGCACGACGGCCUCCACGGUCAACAUCUAGUCCAUCAUCUUCCCUUUUGUCCACCCCAAGAGUUGUGUCAAAGAACCGCGAUGAUGAAGAAGAAGAUGAGGAAGAUGAAGAUGAUGAGCAACUACAUCUUCACGACCUAGAGGGCUCGUCCAAGAAUGAGGAGCUGCAAGAAGCCGAGGACCUGCAAGAAGAGCUGGACCGGCAGCGCAAUGUGAACCAGACGGUGCAGUUGCAUCGCAAAAAAACCGUGAACCUGCACACGUUUGCCGAAGAUUUACAACAGCACGAAGACGGCAUUCUGGCGACUUUUGUUUUCUCGGACGCACUGGACCAGCUGGCGGGAGAAAUGCUGCUGCAGCAGGAAGAAGAACCAGUAAAAAAUCUUAAAAGUAGCGCAUCAAGUGACCAACAAGAGCCGCAACCGGCUCUACUCCGCAGUAUUGCAACCGCGGGUUGGAAAUGGUUGUGCGAUAACUUCUACGGUCGUAGCGGGGCUGCGGGGACGAGGAGUAGAUCCUCUUCUGCUCCUGACGAGGAAGCUCCAAACCACCUUCUCCACGACUUCGUUCUUUCUUCGGAAAAAACGAGGCGAGGACUGGAACUGCUGUUUGGAAUUGUAGGAGAGGGAGAUGAAGAAGGAGAACAAACACAAAACCAAAACGCAAGCAGUUCCUACCAAGAAAGUGGUGAAAGAAGGAAGAACCAGCCGAACCAGGUAGAACUAAUACGUGCAGGACGAGGACCAGCACAGCAGCGGAGGUCGCGUUUUUACAAGAAAGAACAGGUGCUGGUGGGACAGCAACAGCAACAGCAAGCAACCCCGUCGUGCAAGGUAGAGAUGAAGAAGGACAACUACAAGAUGAAGUCGAGCAUGCUACAUCUCCUGGACGAACGACGAGCGUGGUCUUGA